AUGGCUGGGGGCGGCUGCGCCCCUGGGGGCGUGCGCGGCGCUGUAAUGUCGCCUCCCUGGGGGCUGCGCUGUUCACCGCCCCCACUGCUGCCAGGAUUCGCCUUUUACACGCUUCACUCGACGAUGCGCCUAGUACCAGUCGGCCGGGGUGGCAGGUGGAAGCGGCCGCCACACGCCUCAGCGCUGUGGGGUCCGCCGCCCGCUGCCUGCAGCCUGGCCCCAGGCGGAGAGACGAGCGCUGCUGCAAUAUUCAUCGCGGACCGCCGGCCACGCCGGAAUCUCGGCGUCCCGGCCUCCCCGCACACCGGGGUCUUCCGCAGGGCACCAGCUGGGGGUGUGGAAUCAGUCACUGGUCCACAGUCUGCUCCAGGAAUGGAGCUCGCCGAUGCCGCCACAAUGACGUCGGAUGCGCCGCUGGGGGUAGACGCGGCGUCUCGCGGCUGCCCGCCACGAGGGCGGCGGUGGGGCGUUGCCAUGGCGACGCUGGCGCCGCUGGCGGUCGCUCCAUCAGUCUCCAGCGCUGGGCUGGCGUGCCGCGGCGACUCCAUACCCGGAGUGAAUUUGCCGGCGGCUGCUGCCAGCACGGAGGCCGUUAACUGCCGAGCAGCCGUCCUCCGGCCGGUCUCUUUUUAUUGUCCGCGCGCCCGAAUCACGGAUGCACUUACGGAAAUUGGAGCGCGGGCCGGAGCGCGCCACGAGCGGCCGCCCCCAGUAGCGCCGUCCGCAGCCGUGCCGGUGCGGCCGCGAUGCGCAGCCGGUGAGUGCCCGCCGCCUCCACCGCCUCCGCCGCCGCCUCCGCCAGCCGCCGCCACGUUGUCCCCGGCGGGCAUCCUGCUCGACCUCUCCAUGUCGGCGGCGGUGGGCCUGCAGCAGCAGCAGCAGCAGCCGCCGCAGCCGCCGCCUCCGCAGCCGCCGCCGCCGCUGCACCACCAUCACCACCAUCACCUGCACCACCACCACCAGCACCCGCACCAGCACCACCACCCGCCGGCCGUGCCCGUGGCCGUGCCCGUGGCGCGCGCGCCGGGCGUGCCGCCCCCGACGCCGCCUCCGCCGCCGCCGCCCCCGGGCCUGGCGCUGCCGCCGCUGCCCCCGGGCCCGCCUCCGGCGCUGCACCCACCGCCUCCCGAUAUGGCGCCCGUCGCCGUGCCGCCACCCGGACCGGACGUCCUGCUCGCGCUUCUGGCCCGAAACAAGGCGCUAGAAGGUACCGUGCUGCUCUGCUCGCCCGUCGAAGCUCUCUCUUCCUGUCUUCUUGUUCAGCUCUUCGAACCGACUCUACUCUGCCCCAUAGGGAUGGUCCCUCAAUAG